AUGGGCAAAUCAUCCAAAGACAAAAGAGACGCCUACUAUCGUCUUGCCAAAGAGCAGAACUGGCGAGCUAGGUCCGCGUUCAAACUAAUACAAAUCGACGAGCAAUUCGACCUGUUCUCGUAUGCAGACCCAUCGAAAUGUACCAGAGUGGUCGACCUGUGCGCUGCUCCAGGCAGUUGGAGUCAAGUACUAUCACGAAUCCUUAUCAAGGGUGAGAGUUUUGGUCGGAGGUCCUGGGUUGAGAAGAUGGAGAGCUUCCAAAAGCACACGCUGACGGCCUCCCAACCGUCAUCAGAGGACAGCCUACAAGAAGACAUGGUUUCCGUAAAUCUACAGCGUGCAGCAUCCGAAUUCAAACCGCGUCAGAAUGUCAAAAUAGUCGCAAUCGACCUGCAGCCGAUGGCUCCGCUGGAAGGUAUUAUUCAGCUCAAAGCAGACAUCACGCAUCCCUCUACUGUCCCUCUUCUUUUGAAAGCCAUUGAUCCCGAAUUUGAUCAGCACAACGAAACUCACCGAGUCGACCUGGUCAUCAGUGACGGCGCGCCUGACGUGACCGGGCUUCACGACCUGGAUAUCUAUGUUCAAUCACAGCUAUUGUACUCAGCAUUGACUUUGGCAAUGAAAGUUCUUCGGCCAGGGGGCAAAUUCGUUGCGAAGAUCUUCCGAGGCAGAAAUGUCGACAUCAUUUUCGCCCAGCUCAAGCUCGUCUUUGAGCGGGUCCACAUUGCCAAACCAAGGUCCAGCAGAGCGAGCAGCAUCGAAGCAUUCGUUGUCUGCGAGGGCUAUCGACCUGUCAAAGACUGGACACCUGAGCUUGGUGAUGCUUUGAAGGUACCGCAAGCCAGCAGACCACAAGACUCCAGUUUGGAAAAGCAGACGAGACAUCUCCGCGACGACGGUAUUGUGGAGCUUCACUUCGAAGACGAAGAGAAUGACCCUCAGAGAUGGAUCGCUCCGUUUCUCGCCUGCGGAGAUCUGUCAGCCUGGGAUGCAGAUGCCACAUACAAGCUUCCUGAAGGCCACACCAGCCUUCCACCUGUGCAGCCUCCAACAGCACCUCCAUACAAAGAAGCCAUUGAAAGGAGGAGGGCCGAGGGGGGUGCUUAUGGAAAGACCAAAAAUCGACCGGAGCCCACGGAACAAUCCGGAACGUGA